UGAUAAUAGACUCGACCUUUUAUAUUGCGUCCAAUGUAGGUUCAAUGCCAAAAAAGGAUCCAUGCAAAAGAGUAGCUUGUGAAAUUCAGAAGUGUUUACAGGCAUACAAUUAUCAGGAAACAUUUUGUUUGCCAGUAGUGCAACAAAUGAUCCAGUGCUGUAGACAGUGGGAUCAUCUUCAAACUAUUUCAUGUUCUGGGUUUUCUAGCAAAGUUAAAGACGAAAAAAUUGGUCCUCAAGAAAAUGGGCAGCAAUAAUAAGUUAUUUGCUUCAUCUGCAGACCGUAAUAAAGAUCCAAUUUUGGAAAUCUUGCAAAAAAAUCUCCCUUAUGAAGAAAGCAAAGGAUGUAAUCUCUUUUGUUUGGAAAUUUCAUCGGGUACCGGUCAGCAUGUCAUUCACUUUGCCAAGAACUUGCCUUUCAUGACAUUUCAACCAUCAGAGUUUACUCUUUCAAACUUACCGAGUAUUCAAGAGUAUAUAGUAGAAUCAGGAUUAACAAAUAUCUUGUCGCCUUUAGCUAUUGAUAUCACAAGUUCAGUUGAUCGCUGGAAUUUAGCACGACAGAAUUACGAUUUGAUAAUUAAUAUUAAUAUGAUUCAUAUUAGCCCUUGGCAAUGUACAGUGUCACUGUUUGAGAAAGCUAGUAUGCUAUUAAGUUCAAAAGGUGUACUGCUAACUUAUGGACCUUAUGCAUUUCAUGGUAUAAUAAGUCCUGAGAGCAAUAUAAAUUUUGACAGAUCCUUGAAAGCUCGAGAUCAGCAAUGGGGUUUGAGAGACAUUGAUGAUCUAAAAAGAGUAGCAAGUGAAUAUGGGUUAAAACUAGAGAAAAUAGAAGAUAUGCCAUCCAACAACAAAACCUUAAUUUGGAAAAGAAUUUAAAUAAAUGUAUAAAAUAAUAA